AUGAGUCGCAAAUAUCAAUUUAAGCAGGUCGAUGUGUUCACCAAGUCACCAUUUUCAGGUAAUCCUUUGGCAGUCGUCUUUGAUGCUGAUGACUUAGAGGUGUCAGAAAUGCAAAAGAUUACUGCAUGGACAAAUCUUUCAGAAGCAGUUUUCUUCCUCAAGAAGAGUGAUCCUAAAGCCGACUACAAAAUAAAGAUUUUCAGUCCUACAUAUGAAUUACCAUUUGCUGGUCACCCAACCUUAGGAGCAGCAUACCUGGCUAUAGAAAGCGGGAUCGUUGAUUUGGAUGAUAUUAUCGAAAAUAAAAACGGAACCAUGAUCCAGGAAUGUAAAAUUGGAUUGGUUGAAUUGAAAGUGACAAGACAUUCAAAGAUCGUCGAUGAACUUAAAGGAUUGGAUAUUUCCAUUGCCUUCAAAUCACCUACCCCAGAAUUUAUUGAAGUUAGUCCGGCUAGCCAAUUGGGUUUCUUGAAAGGUUUCAAUCUCAGCGAGUCCCAAGGUCUCAAGUUCUUGACCGUGAAAAUCGGGAUUACCUGGUGUAUCGCACAAUUUCCAAAUCCCGAGUUAUUGUUAAGCAUUGAGCCAAAUAUGGAUCAGAUAAAGAAAAUGUCUAUAGAAGAGAAUGUUGACGGUAUUACGUGUUUUGCCUUCUAUCCAGAUUCAAAGUCUUACGAGGUCAGAACCUUUGCACCAGCUGCAGACACUCCUGAAGAUCCAGUAUGUGGAAGUGGUAAUGCCGCAGUAUCAUGUUUUAUGAGUCACGUAUUGGGGUUGACAGGUGAAUUUUCCGGCAGACAAGGGAAGAUUUUAGGUAGAGAUGGACAAAUUGGGUUAACCGUCACUGAGAAUUCAAGCAAUAAUUAUGUUGCUGGCAAGGCGAUCACUGUGGUCAACGGAACAAUUGUUGCAUGA